GAUCCAACAUGCCAGACGAAUCCGUGAAACUGCGAAGUAUCAAAAAGCUGGGACAUGACAACAACAGCUAUCAGGUCACAGAUGAAGAACAAGCUGGGUCUUACAUGACUAUCUCCAAUUCCAAGGGGAAGGAGAAAGCUCAGGAAAAGGAAAAUGAGCCCGCAAUAAGAGUUGGCUUCUUUGAACUGUUCCGGUUCGCCACCUGUAAGGACGUCCUGAUGAUGGUGGUGGGCGCCGUUUGCGCGUUUCUGCACGGCUCGGCCCAGCCCCUCAUGCUCCUGGUGUUUGGCCUUCUCACCGACACCUUCAUCGAUUACGACAUCGAGCUCCAAGAGCUGAGCGACGACCGCAAGGAGUGCGUGAACAACACCAUCCAGUGGAAAAGGAACUACACCGGAACUCUGGACACGAGUCUGCCGCUGAACCAGUCGCUCGGAGGCCUCAUCAAUUCAACGCUGGAGAUGUUGUCACCUCUGGGUAACAAGACAUGUGGGAUCCUCGACAUUGAAUAUGAAAUGACCCUUUUUGCCUUAUACUACGUUGGGAUUGGAGCAUCUGUGUUCGUGCUGGGAUACUUUCAGAUCUCCCUGUGGGUGACAGCCGCCGCCAGGCAGAUUCAGCUCAUCAGGAAGCUGUACUUCAGCAAAGUGAUGCGGAUGGAGAUCGGUUGGUUUGACUGCACCUCGGUGGGGGAGCUCAACACCCGCCUGUCAGAUGACAUCAACAAGAUCAACGACGCCAUCGCCGACCAAGUUUCCAUAUUCGUGCAGCGCUUCACCACCUUCGUGUGCGGGUUCUGCAUCGGAUUCGUCAAAGGGUGGAAGCUAACGCUGGUCAUCGUUGCAGUCAGUCCGCUGAUCGGCCUUGGAGCCGGACUCAUGGCUCUGUUUGUGGCUAAGCUAACUGGGAUGGAGCUACAGGCCUACGCUAAAGCCGGCGCCGUGGCGGACGAAGUCCUCUCCUCCAUCCGGACCGUCGCUGCUUUUGGUGGAGAGAAAAAAGAGGUGGCCAGGUAUGACCGGAACUUGGUGUCGGCCCAACGGUGGGGCAUCAGGAAGGGUCUGAUUAUGGGGUUUUUCACUGGAUACAUGUGGUUGAUCAUCUUCCUCUGCUAUGCUCUGGCGUUCUGGUAUGGCUCCACUCUGGUCGUGGAUGCUGAGGAAUACACACCAGGAACACUACUGCAGGUAUUCUUUGGAGUCCUGGUAGCAGCCAUGAGUUUGGGACAGGCCUCCCCGUGUCUGGAGGCGUUUGCAGCAGGUCGUGGAGCUGCCACCAUCAUAUUUGAGACCAUUGACAGGGAACCACAGAUUGACUGCUUAUCAGAAAGUGGGUACAAGCUAGACCGGGUCAAAGGAGACAUUGAGUUCCACAACGUGACCUUCCAUUACCCAUCCAGACCUGAAGUCAAGAUCCUGGACCAGCUCAGUGUUCAGGUGAAGUCAGGCGAGACCACAGCCUUCGUGGGGGCGAGUGGCGCCGGGAAAAGUACUGCCAUCCAACUCAUCCAGCGCUUCUACGACCCAUUGGAAGGAAUGGUGACCUUGGACGGUCACGACAUCAGGGGGUUGAACAUCCAGUGGCUGCGCUCCCUGAUUGGCGUUGUAGAGCAGGAGCCUGUGCUGUUUGCCACCACCAUCGCCGAAAACAUCCGCUACGGUCGGCCCGGCGUCUCGAUGGACGACAUCAUCACUGCUGCAAAGGAGGCCAAUGCCUACAACUUUAUCAUGGAGUUACCGCAGAAAUUUGAUACGUUGGUCGGGGAGGGUGGUGGACAGAUGAGCGGCGGACAAAAGCAGCGUAUCGCCAUUGCUCGUGCACUGGUCAGAAACCCUCGCAUCCUCCUGUUGGACAUGGCAACAUCUGCUCUGGACAACGAGAGUGAAGCUAUCGUACAAGAAGCUUUAGAUAAAGUACGGAUGGGUCGCACCACCAUCUCCAUUGCUCACCGCCUGUCGACCAUCAAGAACGCAGAUGUGAUUGUCGGUUUUGAGCACGGCCGAGCCGUGGAGAGGGGCAAACACAACGAACUCCUGGAGAGGAAGGGCGUCUAUUUCACCCUAGUUACCUUGCAGAGUCAGGGAGACAAGGCUCUCAAUGAGAAGGCCCAACAAAUGGCUGUUGCUGAACACCAGGAGCCAGAGAGACUGAAUCUGUCACGAGCAGGCAGCUAUCGCGCCAGUUUGAGGGCUUCACUCCAUCAGAGGUCGCGAUCGCAGCUGUCCAACCUGAUCCCCGAAUCCUCCAUCAAUGUCGCCGGAGAUCCCGGCCUCAGGACCUACUCUGUGUCGCAGUCAGAGAGACACAACAAAGCCACGGCGGUGGAGGAGGACGACGAACAAGUGGAACCUGCUCCCGUGGCCCGGAUCCUGAAGUACAACGCGCCCGAGUGGCCCUACAUGCUUUUUGGGUCCUUUGGGGCGGCGGUUAAUGGAGGGGUCAACCCCGUUUACUCAUUACUGUUCAGUCAAAUCCUGGCGACGUUUUCUGUUCCGGACCCGGUGGCUCAAAGGAAGGAGAUCAACGGGAUCUGCAUUUUCUUUGCCAUGGUCGGCGUGGUCUCUUUCUUUACACAGAUGCUGCAGGGUUACGCCUUUUCCAAGUCUGGAGAGCUGCUCACCCGAAGGCUACGGCGAGUCGGUUUUCACGCCAUGCUAGGACAGGAGAUCGGCUGGUUUGACGAUCACAGGAACAGCCCCGGAGCUCUGACCACACGUCUGGCAACGGAUGCCUCCCAAGUCCAAGGGGCUACAGGUUCGCAGAUUGGCAUGAUCGUCAACUCUCUGACCAACAUCGGCGUCGCCGUCCUCAUGUCCUUCUACUUCAGCUGGAAGCUGACUCUGCUCAUCCUCUGCUUCCUGCCCUUCCUCGCCCUGUCGGGUGGCUUCCAGGCCAAGAUGCUCACCGGCUUUGCCAAGCAGGACAAGCAGGCUAUGGAAACGGCAGGGCGGAUUUCAGGCGAAGCUCUGAACAACAUCCGAACCAUUGCUGGUCUGGGGAAGGAGAAGAACUUUGUGGAAAUGUAUGAGGCCCAGCUGGUUGCUCCGUACCAAGCAGCCCUGAAGAAGGCCAACGUGUAUGGAGCUUGUUAUGGUUUCGCUCAAUGCGUGGUCUUCAUGACUAACUCCGCCUCCUAUCGGUUUGGAGGUUACUUAGUGAAGCAGGAGGGGCUUCAUUUCAGUCUGGUGUUCAGGGUCAUUUCAGCCAUCGUCACCAGCGGCACGGCUCUCGGCCGUGCCUCCUCUUAUACUCCAGACUAUGCCAAGGCCAAGAUUUCGGCAGCCCGCUUCUUCCAGCUGCUGGACCGUGUGCCCACCAUCAGCGUCUACAGCGACAAGGGAGACAAAUGGAAUAACUUCCAAGGGAACAUCGAGUUCAUCGACUGCAAGUUCACCUACCCCACCAGGCCAGACAUCCAGGUCCUGAACGGGCUGACCGUGUCGGUGAAACCGGGCCAGACGCUGGCUUUUGUUGGCAGCAGCGGCUGCGGGAAGAGCACCAGCGUGCAGCUGCUGGAGAGGUUUUAUGAUCCCGACCACGGCAAAGUGCUGAUUGAUGGCCACGACUCCAAGCGCGUCAACGUGCCCUACCUCCGCUCCAAGAUCGGCAUCGUCUCCCAGGAGCCCAUUCUGUUCGACUGCAGCAUUGCGGAGAACAUCAAGUACGGCGACAACUCGCGGGACAUCAGCAUGGAUGAGGUCAUCCUCGCCGCCAAGAAGGCACAGCUGCAUGACUUUGUCAUGGCGCUCCCUGAGCAAUACAACACCAACGUGGGCUCCCAGGGUUCCCAGCUCUCCCGUGGUCAGAAGCAACGAAUCGCCAUCGCCAGGGCGAUCAUACGCGACCCUAAGAUCCUGCUUCUGGAUGAGGCCACAUCCGCACUGGACACGGAAAGCGAGAAGACCGUCCAAGAAGCCCUGGACAAAGCCAGAGAGGGCCGGACCUGCAUCGUCAUCGCCCAUCGCCUGUCCACCAUCCAGAACUCUGACAUCAUCGCCGUCAUGUCUCGGGGCAUCUUGAUUGAGCAGGGAACCCACGACGAGCUCAUGGCGCUGACAGGAGCCUACUACAAGCUGGUUACGACAGGAGCACCCAUCAGCUAGUGUGCCGCUGGAGGUCGUUUUGUGUUUUUUUAUAAAAGACGAGAUCAAGACUGGAAGCAUGUCCGGAUUUAAAUAUAAAAGAUUGGGGCAAACAGAUAAGUGGAAGCAUUAAUCAGCCAUACAGUAUUUAUUUUUACGCUGAUGAUACCCCAAUAGGUGAUAAUUCAUAGUUGGUGCAAACCUUACUUUCAAGACAAAAUCUAUUUCUUGUGAUAACUUUUGGCUCGUUUUAAUGCGUUUUCAGCUUCAGGGCUUAGCUACUUUAACAGUCUUAAAUUGUGCACAAGAGGAUAGUCAUUUUCCAAAGUUUCUGGAGACUUUAAAAGUCUUUUGACAGAUAAAUGUACUUUUUCGGUCACUACUUGACGUCUUAAGCAACAUGUUUUUUGCUAAAGCUUGAGUCAGUGCUUUGUGGCCGAACAAUGUGAAAGACAAAAACCACAGAAAUGAAAGUCAGACAAAAGAAACUGCACUAAGGAUGACCGAAAAAGCAGCCAAUGAGAACUAAAUAUACUUUGUCCGACUAUCUUAGAAUGAAAAUACGAGUAUACACACGAGUAUGUUCUUGGAUCUCAAGUCUACCUAAGAACUGUUAGACACUUCAAAAAGUGCAGAUUUUCAAUUAUAGACACAUUUUAAUCAUCUUUUGAUCCAUUUUAAUGGCAUUUCUAGAGGUUAUUCUAUUAUGAUGAUGCAGUUUUAGCCAAAAUCCUAAAAACUUGUGUUGUUUUCUAGGACGUAGUUUCUGCAGAGCGGCAAUAGUUCAUUAGAAAUUUGGGUCUAAGUUUUGGGCGAGACAGUUGACGUGGAGCAACCCCGCCCCUCUUCCCCUCCCCGUUGCUGAUAGCUUGUGGCCCACCUAGUGUUUUUUCUAUGGCAUAAAGAAGCUCUUUUUCAAAAACUGAUCUUCCUUCACAACAAUUUGGUCAAAGAAAUACUCAGAAAUUCUAUUUUAAGUUUACAUACGUCCUCUAGUAUUAGAGGAAUGCUACAAGAACACACUAUGUUCACUGGAGAGAAUCCUUUCGUAUUAUGUAUUUAAUACGAGUUUUGGGGUUUUAGAAUUGGUAAACAAGCUUAAACAGGUACUCUAAUGUAAACUAAGACACAUUUUUACCAGAUUUUAGUUUUAAUUAAUGCUUUUCCUAAGUAUUGAAGAUUUAAUUUGUAAGGUUUUGAUCAAUUAAUUUCUUUAUAGGAAUAAGGACAGUGUUUAAUAUGUAUAAUUGAUUCUUUCUUGUACAGUUUUUUUUUGUCCAAAUUAGUGAUAAAUGUCAGAAGAUGCUGAUUGAACUGUGUAUUGAUGUGCAUAAAAUUUAUUUCACCACAAUCAA